CGGGCGCGCGGUCACACAGCUCGAGACUCUGGAAUGAAUCGAGGCAGGCAGGCAGUCAUGAGAAAAGUAUGUGCUCUCACGGACCGCGAGUAUGGAGUAUUAUGAAAGAAAACGAGGAGGAGGAGGCGGCGCUGUCAUUUUCCACGUUUGAAUUCAGCAGUGACAUUAAGUGUGAGGCUGUGGAGUGACAGUGAAAGAAACGCGCAGCAGCUACGGGGGUUAUUUGCACAACAAUGGCGACUCCCUACACCUUGACGCCGUGAGACAACUAUUCCCCAUCUCCUCUUUCCUUUUGUACCUUUUGUAUUCGCCUCCAGCCCCUGAAGUCGUCCAGUUCAAUCCCUCCUCUACCCUCCUUCCUUCCCAAUCCCCUCUUUGUUUCAAACAUGGACUCCGCUGGAGAGAUAAUCUCAACCCAGGAUGGACAUCUCGACCCCAGGUGCAGCCCCGGUCGCUCUGAUCUCAGCGGACUCUACCAUCUGGGACGGACGUUGGGCAGGGGCCACUUUGCAGUGGUUAAACUGGCUCGUCACGUCAACACUGGCCAACUGGUGGCUGUCAAGAUGAUUGACAAGACAAAACUUGAUGUUAUGGCAACAAGCCACCUCUUACAGGAAGUGAGGUGCAUGAGGCUGGUCCAGCACCCCAACGUGGUUCGCCUCUACGAGGUCAUCGACACACCCACCACCCUCUACCUGGUCAUGGAGCUGGCUGAGGGGGGCGACCUCUACGACUACAUCCUCCGCCAUGAGGGAGGUGUCGCCGAGGGCACCGCCAAGCGCCAUUUCGCCCAGAUAGUGCGCGCUGUGGCAUACUGCCACCAGCUCCACGUGGUGCACCGGGACCUGAAGCCAGAGAACGUGGUAUUCUUUCCCCAGCAGGGGGCGGUGAAGCUGACGGACUUUGGGUUCAGCAACUUAUUCCAACCGGGGACAAUGUUGGCCACCAGCUGUGGGUCGCUGGCGUACUCCGCUCCAGAGAUUCUGCUGGGAGAAGAGUAUGAUGCUCCAGCUGUCGAUAUCUGGUCUCUCGGGGUGAUCCUGUACAUGUUGGUGUGUGGAGUCCCUCCCUUUCAGGAAACCAACGACAGCGAGACCCUCGUCAUGAUUCUGGACUGUCGCUACUCCAUCCCAGAGCACGUUUCAGACGACUGCAGAGAUCUGAUCUCCAGGAUGCUUCAGAAGGAUCCGUCUCGCCGUGCCUCGCUUGAGGAGAUCGAGGCUCAUGACUGGCUGCAGGGGUUGGACAACGCGCUGCUCAGCCCAGAGGCCCCACCAUACUGGCUCUCAGGGGCCCUGUCUCCCAGCUCUCCCCGCUUAGGAGUGCCAGAGUGCGGGGACUUGCUUGCUGCGAGGCCCCCCUCUCAGCAGGCUUUCCCCGGGCCCUGGCAGCCCAGUCUCAGCUACACCCUCCGUCCACCUCCAGCUGAGGAGCCUCCGGUUACCAAGAACCUGCCUGCACUCCAGCAGAUCUGUGAGGAGGAAGAGGAGGAGGAAGAGGAAGAGGAAGAGGAGGGCAUUUUGGUACAAGAGGGAGAAUGUUUGGCAUCUGUGUUAGUGACAGAGCCAGAGAAAGAAGCUGAGGAGGCAGGUGAUGAAGCACAUGAUCAAAUCUGCAGAGAAGAGGAAGAAAGAGAAGACUCAGUGGAGGAAAUAGAGGAGGAUGAGGCGGCAGCGGACGACAAUAUGGAGACAGAGAUGGAAAUAGAGAAAAAAGACAGUGGGUGUGUGAUUUCAGACCAACCAGUCAGUCAUGGAGACAAGUCUGUGAGUCAGACUCCUGAAGUCCCGCCGUCCUCUCUGCCUGGUCUGGGGGUCCCGUGUUGUCAGGGGCAGCAAGACCUCACAGCUGCAGAGGAAGGAACGGACGAGGAGACAGAACCCAACAACAACACCAACAAACCCCCUCCCUCCAUCCCUGCGUCCUCUGUCAGACUCGGCCUUAACUGUAAAGAUGCUCCAAAGACAGAGAGAGGAGGCGAACAAGAAGAAAAAACAGAGGAAGAUGCACGACAAGACCUCAUAACAGACAGACCGCAACCCCACAAUGCACUUGGGACCCGGGAUGAGGCUGCUCCGAGGGUGGAGCAGGGGAAACGACACAGCCUAAAGUUGCGUGAGAGACUCUUUCAGUUCCCUCUGUGUGAAAAAGCUCUGGCCUUCAACAUACCCACUCACAACAAGCCCAAGAUCCUCCCGCUGGCUCAGUACAACUGCUGCCAUGUGCUAUAAGAGGAACCAGCCCGGGUGCUAUCUGUGAUGUGCCGCUCAACCACUUGGGACAUACGAGCUUGUUUAGCAUUCGGCAAGUGGCUGACUAGUGAGCACAGACGCUGUGAAGUGGCAGACCACUGAGCUCCCCGCUGAGCCUCUCCACUGCACAGAGGAAAGGCCCUCGGCAUGCAAACACCAAGUGUACAGGAUGGGACGUGUACAGCUUCAUACCUACUAACACUCGGUUUAUUGUGCUCAUGUAAUCAACAUUGUGUUAAGCUGAAGGUGGUGUACAGCACAGUAGUCAGACUUAGUAGAACCUCAUCCAUUUUGCUGCUGCGUACAGGAGCAACCAUAGAAUUGCAAUGAGAAGACUGCGUCCAAUCUGUAGCUUAGAAACAAUACUGAACCUACCUGCACAGGAAGGCAGGGGACAGCAAGAGAUAGACAUAACAACUGCAACAGUUUUUACUGAAUAAGCUAUAGUCUGUUUUGUUUGUUCAAAAGGUGCCUACAAUGAUAAAAAUGGGUUUCAUACUGUAUGUGGCCACUGUGUCGUUUCGGUUCUGACUGUAAAAAGAAAAAAAAAAAAACAAGCUCUUAAGGUCAGAAUAUUCUAGCACAUGCACUCAGUAGAUCCAUGAUUUCAUAUUUUAUAUUGUAUAAAUUAGAAUAAACGUCGAACCAGCUUCUGCUACAGAGUAGCACUCGUUUCCUCCUCCCUUUGCACAACCUGCUUCUCUCGUUAAUAUAAGCUUAAGAUAAAGAAAGACUGAGACUGUUAUGAAAUGAUAUGAUAUGAUAUGAUAUGAUAUGAUAUGAUAUGAUAUGAUAUGAUAUGAUAUGAUAUGAUAUGUGCCGAAGACUGAGAUGAUGAUUUUUUUCGUUCUCUUAAUGCUAAAGUCUUAUAACUAUAAUGGCUUGUCCUAACAUACUGUAUGAUACUGUUUAUAGGACCACUGAUCGUUGAUUGGGAUGCAGGUCUUCCAUAGUAUUUGAAGAUAUUCUUUUUGAUUAUAUUGAACAUUUGAAUAAUAUUUGAUCAUAACAGUUUUAUUUUGAAUGUGCAGAUAUGAAGUUCCUUAUUUUUUCUUUUUUAUAAUAUGACAAAGAUAUUAAUUCUCUGAAGAGAUAUGUGACUUUGUGCAUGUUAUUACUGUUAUUUAUCACAAUAUACCUCCAUGUGUCUUGGAUCUAACAGGAUCUUAUUCUUGUGUAACUGUACCUUUAGGUAACCCAUUGAAUGAUGAAUUGCACACAGUACAACUAUUGUAGCUGGUAGCUUACUACAAGCAGUAUUCUGGGAUUGAUGGAUGGAUUUGUUGGUCAUUUGGACCGAAUAACAGUGACAUGUUAUUGUGUAGCCGAGGAGUCCCUCCACAUGGUAUUAUUCUACCAUAUAAUGCCUCAGUGUAUUCCUAUAUUUUCACAAGCAUACUACGUUUUCCUUCUUUGGAACCUCAGACAUGAAGAGUAAAGAUUUGUAGAGUAACAGAAGGCCAAAGCUGUACAAUAAGCUACAUCCUCCUCUUAUAGUUCAGUAAACAGAGCUUAUUCCUGUUAGUCACUGCAGCUUCAUGGGUUCAACAAAUUGGAUUUUUAACUCGUGACCUGUGAGCGGACAGUCCUCGCCUAUAUACGGAGCGACUGUCACGUGAAAUCUGAUUAAUUGCUCAUAUUUCAUCAACCGUGGAAGCAUCAAAUCUGUGCAGAAGAGGGAUAAAAUCCCAUUAUUUGAUCCUGUGUGAUUGCAGCCUGUCUCUCCUCAGCGUGUCUGUGUCUACUGACCUGCAUUAUAACUAGGACCACGUCUCUAUGGAGCCAUGAACUUAUUUUUCUGUAUUUAUUUAUUAAA